CUACUAAUCGAUGGUUCUCGACAUCAUACCUCUGCCAAGUCCCGACCCGGAACCCACAUUGACGUCCCUGGGCUGGUGAGGUCACGUCACUGAAAAAUGAGCAACCGGUUUGCCACAGACUGGCUUUUAAGCCUGGCUCGCUCACGAUGCUUCACUUGUUCAACUUUCCCCGUGUACCCCCCCUUUAGCCAAACACCAUGUCAAUUGCUCCCACCACGCGAAAGAUCGUCUGCUUCUCAGACUUCGACGGCACUAUCUUCAUGCAGGAUAGCGGCCAUGUGCUCGUCGACGCGCUAGGCUGCGGCGCCGAAGGCCGCCAGAAGUUCGAGCAGGAGAUUAAAACGGGGGCGCGCUCCUUCGUCGAAGUCUCCGAGGAUAUGUGGGGAUCGCUGAAAAUCCCGUUCUCCGAUGGGUUCGAGAUCAUGCAGACCCAGCUGGAUCUGGACCCGGGGUUCAAGGAAUUCCACCAGUUUUGCGUCGCGCAUAAGAUUGAUUUCAACGUGAUCAGUGCGGGUUUGAAGCCGGUUCUGGCGCAGGUUUUGAAGCAGUUCCUUGGUCCGGAGGAGGCAUCGCAAAUUGAAAUCGUCGCCAACGACGCAGAUAUCCGCGAGGAAGGUGGCCAGUGGAAGCCCAUCUGGCGUCAUGACACGCCUCUCGGCCACGACAAGGCGCGAUCCAUUCAGGAGGGACGCGCUCUGGCGGAGAAGUACGCGCUGGACAACGAGAUCCCCCUGAUUAUCUUCAUCGGCGACGGGGUUUCGGAUCUGCCGGCGGCGCGGGAGGCCGAUGUGCUCUUCGCGCGCAAAGGCCUGCGUCUAGAAGAAUACUGCAAGGAGAACAAGAUCCCGUAUAUCCCGUUCGAGGACUUCUCGGAGAUCAAGCGCGAGGUGCAGAAGAUCAUGAAGGAGGACGAGGAGAAGACGGGUGGCCAUGGCGUGCCGGCGCGGUUUAACCCGCGGGCGAACAUGUGGCGACGGAUUUCCAGCAAACAGGCUGUCCCCCAGUUUAUUGCGGCCACGCCAAAGGAGGAGAAGAUGAUGCUGUGGCCGGAGAGCUUUUCCGAGUUGCAGGCGGAGAAGAUCAGGGACAAGGCUGCCUUCUAGGUAAUU